GCUACGUGCUGACGUAAAUUGACGUUUGGUUUUAACAGAUACCCUUUUUAGGUAUCUGCGGGGUCUAAUGAUAAUCUCGGACCCCUUUUCACUUCGUAGACAACAUUGAACACUAUAAUAUUAGCUUAUUCCAAUUAUAAAAUCCAUCAUGAGUAGUACCAUAGACCAGCCAAACGAGGCGCUGCCGGGCUUACCUCUACCAGAGGGCAUCGUGGAGGACUACAUCGACUGCUCCACAUCGUGCGGUCUUAAAUGGCAUAUCCUAAAAGCAGGCGAGCCCGGAAAACCUCUCGUGCUUUUCUGCCACGGAUACCCGGAGCUCGCGUACUCAUGGCGCAAAGUGCUGCCCGCGAUUGCCAAAGCGGGAUACUUUUGCGUCGCGAUGGACCAACGCGGUUACGGGCGAACCACGGGGUGGCCGCGAAAACAAUCCUUUGAGUCAGUAGACCUUAAUGACUUCGUCUUCACGAACCUAGUACGCGAUCUGGUGUGUCUAGUAUAUGGUCUGGGGUAUAAAACGGUACACAGCAUCAUCGGCCACGACUUUGGCGGUGUGAGCUCCGCCAUGGCCGCGCUCAUACGUCCAGACAUGUUUCUUUCCACCAUUCAAAUGAGCCAUCCGCACCACCGACCCGCGGAACCCAUCACUCCGCAGGAAAAGGGGGAAGUAAAGAAGGUAGACAUCCAGGCCGAGCUAGCGAAACUUGACCCGCCCCGGAAGCACUACAAGUGGUACAACUCGAGCCCGAACGCCGCCCAGGAUUGGGAGAACCCAUCCCAAGGCCUUGAGGCAUUCCUCCGCGGAUAUUUCCAUCUGAAGUCGGCAGACUGGGACGCCAACAAGCCGCAACCCCUGACGAAGUGGGGCGCUCAGGAAAUAGCACCCAUGCCCGAGUAUUAUAUCAUGCGAGCAGAGCACUCGAUGCCCGAGACAGUGGCUUCUAACAUGGCAGGCGAGGACUAUUCUAAGACGGAGCGGUGGCUCUCGCGGGACGAUCUGCAGGUAUAUUGCCGCGAGUGGGCGCGGACGGGCUUCCAAGGCGCGCUGAACUGGUACCGGGCGCAGACGGCGUCGACGAAGCAGUCGGCGCGAGACAUGCUCCUGUUCUCAGGGCGCAGAAUCGAGGUCCCGUGUGUUUUCAUUAGUGGGAAGCAGGACUGGGGUAAUUACCAGCAGCCGGGUGCGCUUGAGGGGUACGAGGACCCGAAGGCUGUUAAGGAGGGCUGUUAUAGGGGCGCGAAGCUUGUGGAUGGUGCUGGGCAUUGGGUACAGCAAGAACAGCCUGAGGCUGUGAUUAAGGAGAUUUUGGCAUUCUUCGAAACGCUAUGAUAGGUAGUUAGUGAUCAGUAAUCUAUUCGAUGAAAUUGUUCGUUUGCUUACUGUUUGUUUAUCCGGCGCAUUUGUACGAGUACAAACUUGAAUGAUCAUCUACAGUAGGUAAUAACAACAGAUAUAUGAAUUAUGGAGGUAAUGAAUACAGC